GUCAGAAGGAAGUGGCUGUUUUGUGAACAUGGCGGUGCAGUGCUGGCUCGACUCGUUGAAAGCUACAAAGAAAACGGCUUUAAUACAGGAUGGAAAGAGAAAAGUGCAUUAUCUAUUUUCAGACGGCAAAGAGAUGGCAGAAGAAUACGACAUAAAGACAGAUGAAUUAAUUGUUCGAAAGUCGCGAGUGAAGAAUGCACUGGGUGCACAGAGACAAUGGGAAAUUGAAGUGGGGGAGCCUGGACCUUCCAUUUCAGGUGCCCAGGAGUCUCAGCUGAUAAAGGAAAAUAGCUCUAAUCCUGUGUUCGUGCGCAAAGACACCAAAACAUGUUUUCAGUGGAGAAUCCGCAACCUUCCUUAUCCCAAAGAGGUCUACAGCCUUUCUGUGGAGCAGACAGAACGUUGCUGCAUUGUCCGGACAACCAACAAAAAGUAUUUUAAGAAGUUCUCCAUUCCAGACCUAGACCGGAGCCAGCUGCCUCUGGAUAGCUCUGCUUUCAGCUUUGCCCAUGCUAACAAUACUUUGAUCAUCAGUUAUCAGAAGCCCAAGGAGAUUCUGCUGCUGGAACAGGAGCUUCUGAGAGAGCUGAAGAAGAUGAAGGCCACAAGUGAUGGAGAGGUAGACUGUAAAACACAAUGAUCUGCUCCUGAUAACUCACAGACGGGCCCAGAUGCAGGCCAUAGCCACAAAGUAUAGACUUUCAGUCUAAAAAUACAUGAUGGUAUAGCAUCUUUGUAUGCAUAUGCCAAUUUGCACAUUUUCUCUUGUUUUUUGCCUGUUUUUGUAUAGGGUGUAAGAAAAGAAAUAAAGUACUUUCCUGGCAAAUAUUU